AUGGAUCUGGUAGGGAAAGUGGCCGUCAUCACCGGUGGUACCAGAGGUAUUGGGCUAGCUGUGGCCAAGGAUCUGAUCCAAAACGGGGCGUCGCGAGUAAUAAUCAGUGGUAGAGACGUCCAGGAAGGCGGGAAAGCGCUUAAAGUCCUAAAAGACUUGUGUGACAAAGACACGAAAGCCAUAUACGUACCUAUGGACGUCACCUCUGAAGAAGAGUUGAAAGAAUUAUUCAACUACACUGCCACAAAUAUGGGUGGUUUAGACAUUUUAGUGAACAGUGCGGCCAUUCUAAACGAAUCGUCCAUGUGGAGACGAAUGGUUGACACGAACGUGAGAGCCUUAAUAACUAGCACGGAGUUAGGAAUAGAUCUAAUGAAAAAGUUUAAAAGGCCUGGAAGAGGAGUGAUCGUGAACCUAUCUGCUAUGUACGCUAUCAAACCUCUGCCUCAGCUUCCGGUAUUCAGUGGUACUAAAGCCGCCGUUCGGGCCGCCUCAUUGGCAUAUAGUAAAAUGAAAGACAGUAAUUUGCGGAUUAUAACCGCUUGUAUGGGUCCUACGAAUACAUCGAUGCUGUUGAAUUUAUCACCUGAUGACAUAGGCGAAUGGACUAAAGGCGAACAAGAGGAUUUACUGGACAUGCUAAAAGCCAAACAAAAAAGUCAAAAGACUAGAGAAUCAAUGUCAGGAAUAAAUUUAAAUCUAGUGGUGAAGUCUGGUGUACCUAAUUGGGUGAAAAAUUCAAAUAUAUUGGCGAUUGUACAAUCAAUCCAACAUCUUUUAAGUGACAAUGCUCAUGACCGAAUAGCAUUAUUCUUAAAAAGAACUGGUUAUCGAGUAGAUGGAUAUAUAACAUUGUAA